AGCAGUGGAGUGAGUGCUUUCGAAGUACGUGGCGCAAAGAAUGGUGUUUUUAUGGAGCAUCUGCUGCAACACAUUACCGACAAGACAACUGUACUGGAAAUGUUGACGAAAACAUUUCAAGAGUUACCAAAUCCGGUGCAUGUUGAUUUUACCGAGCAAAAAUUGCGUGUUAUCAUUUGGUACGAUUACGCCGGACAUUUCACGAAUAAAGUUUACGUGUUCAGUAGUGUGGAUGAUAUGAAUGAUGAAAUAAGUGCGGAAUGCACACGCUUGAAGCCAACUCCUAACGCACUUUCACAUAUCGCGCAUUUACGCUUUGCUGAGUGUUUUGACGUAACAGAUGAGAAGAUAAUAGAAGAUGGAGCCGAAGGUGUAUCGUUAUGUGUAAUGCUUUCAAAUCUGCAACGUUCAAGUGGUCCUGUAACAUGUUCGUUGGUUCUUUCUCGUCGCAGUGAUGAUGCAUUUGUGGCGUCAAAAAAUAAUGUAACGCUGGGAGAUGUGCUGAUUACUAGGAUUCAUAGAACCGAAUACAAGAAUGCAAACUUCUGCAAGGAUUUAUGA